AUGGCGCACUUGGAUCCAUGCUCUGCCUUGUCGCUUCCCGACAUGCCCAGCGUUCUGAUCGGAAAGGCUGAUGACAAGCCCUUCCAGCAGCACAUGCUGCUUGCUCCUACGAUCGCUGGAGGGAUCGCGACAGCGGUAGGUGACCUUGCGCUUCAUCCCAUCGAUACCAUCAAGACUGUUCAGCAAUCUGCCGCGGCUGGAAGCCCGAGCGCUAGUAUCUUCGGCGCAUGCUCAAAGAUCAUGCGGGAAGGAGGAGGACUGGGCGGCUUCUACGCUGGAGUGGGUCCGUACGUGACGUUCGACAGCCUGGCAGGAUGCGUGAAGUUCGCAGCGUACGAAGUCUGCAAGACCAUCGCGGACCAGCAUGUCGACGAGAACCUGAAACCUUUCACUCACUUCCUGUCUGCUGCCGUCGCCUUCAUCGCCUGCUCUGUCGUCCUCGUCCCUGGGGAGCUGAUGAAGCAGCAGCUGCAGGCGGGCAUGUACCGCUCUGUGCGCGCGUGCGCUGCGGGGAUCCUGAAGAAGAAUGGCCCGCGCGGUUUCUUCCAGGGUUACAAGGCGACAGUCGUGAGAGACGUUCCUUACACGAUGCUGGAGCUUGGACUCUAUGACAACAUCAAGUCGUUGAUCAGCCACUUUCGGAAGAAGGAGGGGAACGCGAACAGCAAGGUUGACGACGUGCUGGCAGCAGCUGCCGUGGGGGGCAUAACAGGAUGGAUCACGAACCCUCUGGACAUCAUCAAGACUAGGAUGAUGACGAGUGGAAGCGCUGCUCCCAGGGUGAAGACGGUCGUCAUGGACAUUAUCAAGAAGGACGGGCCGAGAACAUUCUUUGCCGGGAGUAUCGCGAGGGUUUCCUGGUUGAUGCCUUUCACUGCCAUCUACCUUCCAACCUACGAUCUUGUCAAGAGUGCGAUCAAGGAGAAGAUGCAAGAUUGA